AUGUACGGAUCUACCGCGUCAACAGCAACCCUCACAGGCCAGAAGCGAGCCCGCGACCACCUUGCUCCCGCGUGGAUCCAGUAUCAUUCUCGCGGAAACGCUACUAUCGCCAGUGCAGCUGCCGCGGGAACCCACCAGGAUGGCGGGAACGAUCAUCAGGGGGAUGAGGAAGAAGAGGGGGACUAUCUCGCGGCUCUGCGGGGGCGCAACAGCGGGCGAUGGCGCGCCAUCGAGGCGGAUUUCAACCCCAAGGGCGCGGGGAGGGGGAGGGGCCGCGGAAGAGGCGGGGGAGGCCGCGCAGCAGGCGCACCAAGCGGAAGAGGCGCAGGAGCUGCCGCAGGUGGGGGGAACUUCAACGGGGAAGGAAUAAGCAGCGGGUAUGGAGCCCCGAGUUGGGGAGGGGGCCAGGGGGGAGGAAAUGCUGGUGGUGGCACGAGAUCUGGCGAAUGUUUUAAGUGCGGGCAGCUCGGCCAUUGGUCACGAGACUGUCCUAAUAAUGCUGGCACCCCGCAUUCAGGUAGCGGAAGUUUUGCUGGUAACUCAGCAGGUUCUUGGAAACCAGGCACAGGGGAGGCGUUUUCCAACAGGGGGAGCAGCGGAGGAGGAGGGUGGAGCGCAAAUGCAUCUGCUGCAGGGAGUGAAUUCGGUGGUGGGAGUGCCAGUGGUGACGUGGCAGAGCGGUUCUGCGCAUGUGGUGCUGGGAGGACGCCUCAUGCGGUUUCUUCGAGUGGUGUGAUGCAGCUGCAAGCACCACCACCGGCCCUGCACCCUCCCACCAGCACUCCCUCCCUUCCUACUCCGCUUCCCCAUCACCGUCGCUCUCAGCUUCAACUGCCACAGCACAAGGCCGGAGGGCCAGCUGGGGUGGUUCUGGGACCACUGGGGCCGGGGGAGGGGGAGUGGGUUCAGGGGGGACAGGAGGGGGCGCAUGCUGGGGUGGCGCAGGGGGAGGAGGGGUGCAAGCGGCCAUGGGAGGAGGAUCAGGGGGGUCAGCAGCAGGAGGAAUGGGGCGGGGUUCAAUGGGGCAAGGGGGAAUGGGGUCAGGAGGAGCAGCAGGGGCAAUGGAGUGUGCAUGUGGCGGUGGGCAGUGUCUGGUUCUGA